CCGUCACAUGAACGUCAAUGAAAACACACACAAACACACACACACACAAAUACAUCAUCACACUUAGCUAAACGGCUACUUCCCGCUCACCUGACCAGCACAACAUCCACACCGACCCGCUUUCGACAAGCGCAUGACUGGGGAUGUCUGCGUCCGACUGGUACGCUCACAAGUCGCUCGGAGACGGACUCUUCUGGAUCCAGGAGCGAUUCUUCCAGUCAGAGAACCGGGCCAACAUCUGGCUGCUCCGCGGCUCGCACCAGGACGUGGUCAUAGACACCGGUCUGGGCUUGAGGAGCUUACCGGACUACAUCGACUCUAAGGGGCUGCUCGGCAAGGAUCCGCAGAGGAAGAACCCGCUGCUCGCCAUCGCCACCCACGCCCACUUUGACCACUCGGGCGGUCUGCAUCAGUUCCAACAGGUGGGCGUCCACAGCGCCGAGGUCGAUGCUCUGGCCAACGGAGACAACUUCGAGACGGUGACCUGGCUCAGCGACAGAGAGAUAGCCGAGUCUCCGAGUCCAGGCUGGAGGGCAAGGCACUACAAAGUGAAGGCUGUGCAGCCCACACACAUCCUGCAGGAGGGUGAUGUCAUCAACCUGGGUGACCGGCAGCUGACGGUGCUCCACAUGCCUGGUCACUCUCGCGGCAGCAUCUGCCUCCACGACCACGACAACAAGCUGCUCUUCAGCGGAGACGUCGUGUACGACGGCGCCAUGAUCGACUGGCUGCCGUACAGCCGCGUCAGCGACUACAUCAGCAGCUGUGAGCGUUUGGUGGGACUGGUGGACAGUGAACAGGUUGACCAAGUCCUGCCAGGACACUACAACACCUUUGGUGCCAAGCGUCUCCAUCGCCUCGCGUCCUCCUACAUCACCAGAGCCGGGACGUGUCCCGCGAAGUUCUCCACGUUCGCCUGGAGGACGGUGGCCGGCGUGGCUCUGCGGGCCUGUAACCCCCGCAGUGCCUGUUAAUGAAGAGGGGGGGAUGAUCGUGGAGCUGGGGGGAAAGCAAGAAAUGCACAAAGACAAAAAGUUUAAAAUGUGAAAGACGGUGAGGAGAGGACGGACACACACAUACACACACACACACACAC